CUGACCCUCAUUCGGGCAUCUCUCUGCAGCAACCUUCUCCUGGCUAUCAUAUGCUUUUCCACAUAGAGCGCCUGAGAAUCUUCCUCGCUGCACAUUCGAGUAAGCCUACGCUGUCCUACAGCUCCCUAAACUUAGUACCGCGAACUGGCGCCCAGGCAGGCUUAGGGAAAAGAGUCGACGUCCCAGUUGGCAACCGAGCCUCGACCCUCGCUUGCACUGGCGCCAAAUCUAGAAACCACAUAGACUACAAUGCGUUUGCCGACUCUGCGCUGCUUGCCUCUCUUGGCCCUGAUAGCUUUAUCUCUUCUGCAAACCGCUCAUGGACUCUACUUUUACCUAGACUCUGACGCCAAGAAAUGCUUCUUGGAAGAGCUACCAAAUGAUACAGUGGUGGUGGGACACUACAUGGCCGAAGUGUGGGACAAGGCGAGCGAAAAGUUCAUCAUCAAGGAUGAUCUGGGUAUUGCGAUUCAAGUCAAGGAAGUGCGCGAUGAUCACGUAGUGACGUCCACGCGAGGACCCUCGGAAGGGAAGUUUGCCUUCACAUCCCACGAGGCGGGAGACCACGAGAUCUGCCUUGCCGUAGCGCACGUAGGAGAAGCGCACGGGGGUCAUUCCGUUCGAAUGCACCUCGACGUAGUGAUCGGCGAGUCCAAGCCGGACAAUUCCUCGCGUGAUAGGCAGCACAUUGUGGAUCUGGCGGGAAGGGUCAGGAUGUUGAACGACAGGCUUAGGGAUAUAAGGAAGGAGCAGCAAUUUCAAAGAGAGAGGGAGGCUGAUUUUAGAGACCUUAGCGAACUCACUAAUAGCAGAGCUAUUUGGUGGAGCGCUAUUCAGGCCGUCGUCCUCAUCGCUACUGGCGUGUGGCAAUUGAGGCACUUGACAGUCUUUUUCAACGAAAAGAAGCUGAGAUGAGGCACUGGAGCAUGUCGAACGGGUCCGAAAAUGUUUCUCGCUGAACCUGUUCAUGAAGAGGGCGACACAGCGCGACAAUGCCAGAAAUUCACAUGACUUGCAGCGCAGAGAUCCAUCUUGAUGCGAGAACGCAACGUCUCCCUACGUUGCACCGCCAUCAUCGCAGAUGACAUCUCUGCUUCUUGACCACAAGUGGACCGGCGAUGCGUUGCAAAUGUUUGGCUCAGUUUCACGAUUGAGCUGCACAAGGGAUCGCCGGAACUCGUCCCGGACUGCAGUCACACUCUGCGAUAUUCCACAGCGGAUGCUGCCUUGCGUAGCAAGUGCGGACUCGUGCCAAGGGACACAAUGUGUGUCCUUGACACUUUCAAGCCCCGCGCAGCUUGUGACUGCUGAUCGCGCAGGGCUCGCUUCGGUC